AGAAGACGACUGCUCUUGUAAUUAUGUGAUUGGAUAUUUAAGUAGAUGAUCAAGAACUGGAACUGUUCGUAGAGGUGGAAGAGUUGUCUUCAGUUUAGAAGAGAGACGUCUUCAGUGGCGAAGUAACUGGUUGUAUAAUACAUACUAGGCAACAAGACCACGUUCCAAAGGAGGACGAUCAUCACGAAAAUGCCGAUCGUCUCCGGAGUGCUUGCAUCGCGUCGCAACUCCUUAUGGCCUUCUUGAUUAAUUAUUCCGAUUGUGUUGAAGAAAAAGACACUCCAGAUUCCAAAAGAAACCUUAUCAACAACUUCCUCAAGAGAACUCUCCAACCACUCUAACCUUCCGCAUGACCACUGUCGUCUUCCUGACGACGUGCGUUUUCCUCGCUCAGGGAAUCACUCGUAACGAAGCAAGAGAGGUCAUCACCAGUUGGAAUGGAGAUAACGCUGUUGAAGAUGAUGGUGACGAUGUGGAAGGUGUGAAUGCUUUUGUGCAAGUAGGAGUGGCUUCUAGAACACCCACGAAGGUGUGGCUUGGCGACAAGGAUAAGGUGCGAGCUUGCUUGGAGAAAAUUGGCGCGGAAGUACAAGCGAAGACAACUUAAGAUUGAAGACCACACUUUCUCAGACUCUGUUGGACUUAAAUGUGGCAUAUGAAGAACGCCAAGACGAUUCAUGUUGUCGAAGUAGGUUUGUCCGAUCCCGGUCCCCCUCGUUCCCGUUGAAGACUGAAUAAGAGGACUAACUAUAACAAGAGGACAUUUCUUGCGUUCUAACAGUACUCGUCCAACUCCCGCAAUAUAUGGCUGAAGAAAGUCCUUGAUCUCUUUUCAGCUCUGUCUCUGUCAUAGCAUGCUAAGGGUGGCCGGGCAUAAAAUAUGACAGAUGCGAUACACGACAGAUCAAGAACCUUUGACCAUUCAGUUUCGCCCACUGUCGACACCAGUAAGCUUUUUUUAGCUUCAACAGCAGAAAAACCGCCGAGACUUUUUACCCCGACGGCAGAGGAGGUGCAGGAAAACCUGAUGCAAAUAUGUGGCAAGCAGUUUUCCGAUAACGCACAGUUCCUACAAUUCAUGGCGGACUUGCUCAUAUCUGCUAGAAAGAACGCAUGCGGUUACUUCGAGGUCGAGUGGCCCACUUAAGGCGCGACAUGACAAAAUUUGGAAGACGAUUAGAUACUGAUACGUCGCACUCAUAUUUUUGAUAUGUAGGCAUAGAAGGCUGACUGUUUAAUUCUGAUAUCGGUCCAUUUCCUACUCAUGCUUACGCAAUGCUAUGCCUUGAAGUCGAAAAAAGUGAAGGCCAAGGAGGAGAGGCGAGGCGGAUACUUUUUUCGGGCCCUAUAAGUGUUGAGACUUCAACAGGAGGCAACUAUUGUAGUUAGUGAUAGGCGAACAGGCCAACGCCUAAACCACUACGCCAACGCCUAAGCCACUUGUUCUCAGCUAGUCGCAUCCUUUUAGUGUUAGCCUGAGCAGAUUCGAAAUUCUUCAUCUUCGCAGAGCAUUUCUUCUAAUGAGUGGAGGGGCACGGGUUCCUCGGCUUUGGCAGGACCACUGAUAGCAUUUAUGUGGCCACUUUUCGACUUCUGCAAAAAAAUACUGUCGGAUCUCGUCACUUUGCUUGCCAGGGAUCGCUUCGACGUUCCGGCGGUAGCAGUGGGGGGCCUGAGAAGUAGGGCCCCACUUCUUGGGGGGUCUACUCGUGUUUCGGUGCUUUCGGUUUUUUGCUUUUGUCGGCUCAGAUCUUCUCCGACGCUGAGCACGAAAGACGAAGAGGCGGCGCAAUGAUUGUUGCACCCCGCUGGCCUGUGGUUUUUUAGUGCCGCAAAUUUGUCGGUGUGUGCUCAUAAAUUAUAACUCGCUGAGUUUCUUCUAGGAAUUAUGGCAGCGAUUCCGACAGUAGGAAGUCGACAGAGUCGAAAAGUGGCCCCGUGCAUCCGUAGAAGAAAAGCCUCGACCUCAUGAGGUUCAAACUCGGGAGUUUGGGGGAAGAAGUGGAAUACCUCACAGGGACGGAGCCAAAGGAGCCCUAAGACGGUUCGAAAAGCUGGGCCCUUCGCGUUCUGAUCUAUCGCGGCGUCCCUUAAUUUAGGGGAAAUCGUGACAGAUCGAGAAGCGACGGAUCCGGGGACUUUAACCAUUCACUUUCAAAUGGUCCAGGCUCCUGCCCCCGGUAGUCCUGGCUUUGCGACCCUCUUUGCGGUGGCCAUCAAUCAGCGGGAAGUAUAUCGUGAGGACAGGGUGAAAAGGGCCACCGAUUACCUCAACGGAAGGGUUAUCCCAGCGCUCCUGUUGUGGCACUGGUUUGGCAUUGUCCUUGUCGGCAUGGAUCCAAAAUACGUAAUACACUCCUACUUCUGUACUUCGAAUGUGCUGAAGCAGAGCAUUUCUUUGAAAGAGUGACUAUUUAGAACAAGGACUAGAAAACAAACCAUCCUUCUAUGAUACCGGACCUCAUCAUGUUGAUGAAACUCUGAAAACAGAGAAAAAGAAGAAGAAGAUGCUAGAGAAGACUCCCACAAGUAACUCAUAAAAGGUGGCUCGCUCUCGUGUGUCUUGGGGUUUCCUAAGACACCAAUCUAGUUUUCCUCUGUAUUACAUUCGUCACUCUUUCUCAUCACAGGUAAUGAACUCGAAGAUUGAUAUGUCGCGGCUGCUGCCUCACGCCUCUUUGGAGAAACUCACGAAUGCGCCGGACUUAGUGUAGUACUCUGGCAGAAGAUGAGACGCAUUAUGAAGCAUUCUGAUGAAGCUGGAUUAUUAACUUAAAAGAGAAAGCUGAGCAACAUGCACACUCAUCAUGUCGGAAAGGUAGUACAUGCGUAAAGUUACCAUCUCGAGCCUGACUCACGAACUCCAUAAAAAGUUGUAGAUGGCAUUGAGCCUGACAUCAUCCAUCACGUUUUUUCCCAUUUCUUACUUGUCACUGAGUGGCGAAGACGAUGAAAAUGAAUAUUGAAGAAUCCCUUGAAGAAUUCAGCAUCAUGGAUAAAGAAUAUUGGUCAAGAUUUCUCUUUUUUUCCCUAAUCUGAAUGAAUGUGAAGAAGAUCUGACUAGGAUUGCCUCCUUUUUUACCACACAACGAGAAGUAGACGAACAAGAGGAAGAGAGGCCGAUUUUUAGAGCUGUUCACGGAGAAAGAGGCUCUACUCACGCAAUCAGACGAACCGCUAGUGACAGGCUGCGGCGAGA